AUGAUACCCCCUUGCGAUCCCUCCAUUCUCGAACACAAUCCCCAGUUCAAACGACUAUAUGAGAACCUGACGACCAAUCUCCUCAACCCGGAUGGCUCAACACGCGCCAACAGUGCCGACCCAGCGCGGGCCGCGGUUGCGGAGGACCUGAGGCAAUGCCAGCACCGAAGCGCAAAAAGGAAGAUCAAGGAGCGAACUCUCAAACAGCUCGCGUUUCAUUCCGACAGCGGGCUCCCGGAUGAGUGUCAUGAUAAUCUCGCCCUGAUAUCCCUCUACCUCGAGACACCGUCCGCCGUAAUCGAGCCCAAGACAACAGGCCAAGACUGCCCGGAACCGAAUCAAGACAAUGCGCUCUCCCUACUCGCACCGGAAUUCGAGACAUUUUACAGUCGUAUACCGUCUCUGGUAUCGAGUUUCUCAGCCCUCCUUUCCAAUGCCAUUACCGAGCUCCGCACAAUAUCCAGCACGACCCCCGAAACCAUCGAAGACAUGCCCGCACACCCAUCCUCCAGAGCGAACCACCAACGCUCAGGCUCGAACCACCAUGCCCGCGCUCGCGCCCGAGACAGACGAGUCCGGACCUCGAUGGCGCCCGUCCCACCUCUGGCAUCCCAGCUGCGUGACCGGGUUCGAGCCCUCCGUGAUGCGCAGUUAUCGGAGCUACCCGCGGCCCGACGUAAGAUGGCUGCGAUUGCAGCUGCGGUUCUAGCCGUGCAGACGCUAUUGCUUGAGAGAACGAUUGUUAUUCUCGAGCGGGCGAAACACGGAACCUUGGCGAGGGCGAUUAAGGCAAAGGCGGAGCAUUUGGCUACCGUCGCGCAGGGUAUUGAGGGAAAACUUGAGGUUAUUAAACUCGAAAUCGCCGCGAUGCUGUACACGCCCGAGACAAUUGCUGCACUGAGUCGGUAUCAGAAACAUCUACGAGAUACACGGGAACGAUUUGACGGUCGGCAACUUGCUGCCAAGCAAGAAUUAAAACGAUACGGCUAUGCAGAAGAUUCAGAAAUGGACUCUGACCAGAGCGGACAUGAUGGAGGGACAUUAGCAGAAAUCGCUCGUCGCUACGGACUUCUCGCGAGAGAAGUGGAGACGGUCAAGAUGGAAAUCGCAAGACUUGGAGAGUAA